AUGUUGCCAAGCACUGGAAAUAAUGGUGAAACAUUGACAUCACUCAUUGGAAAAUCUAUUGCCAUUCUGGUGGUGUUUUUAUCCGCUUGGUUUGGAGCUCUUCUUCCUUUUGUCAUUAAGAAAUUUAAAUGUUCAACAAUUUGUUCGGAACACGUUCAAUCCUUUGUGUUAUCUUUUAUUAAUUGUCUUUCGGGUGGAUUUUUCAUCUCUGCAAGUUUUUAUCAUAUUUUACCGUCAGCUGCUGAAAGUUUCAAACAGUUGAAUGUGGUAUUGAAUGGAAAUGGAAUUUCCAAGUACAAUUCAUUUCCUUACAUGAUUGCAUCUUUAGGAUUUAUGAUUCCUCUUUUAAUUCAUAAUAUUUUAAAUGUAUUUACUGUGAAAGUGGUUAAAGAGAGGACAUGUCACGACGAUCAUGCAUCAGUGAAUGAAGGAGAGGACACACAUCUUAUUCAUACAUCUCACAACAUUCAAUCUGUGAAUCAAAAUGAACAAUACUCGACACAACGAUUAGCCUCCUAUGUUCUCUCAACUGUGUUAUCUUGUCAGAGUGUUCUUAUUGGAAUUACCUCUGGUGUUAUUGUAGAUAUUGCUGAUGCCUAUGUUCUCAUAUGUACCAUGAUUUUACACAAAUGGGUUGCUGCAUUUUCAAUUUCAGUACAAUCCAUGAGAGCGAACAUGAAAUUUUGGAAUCGAAUAAUGCCCACCAUGUUGAUAUUCUCCACCAUGACACCUCUUGGAAUUUUUAUUGGAAUUUUAUUGGUGCGGUUUGUUCAAGACAAGAUGAUCUUUUUAAUUCUUGGAAUCAUUUUCAAAGGGCUUGGCUCUGGGUUUUUCAUUUAUGUCUCGACCAUGAUCAUUUUGAGAAGUGAACUUGCUCAGAGUUGGUUGUCUCACUCCACAGCGGGUCAUCACAACUCGCAUUCGAGUGACAGCAGACCUAGCACCAUUACAACAACUCAGAGAAAUGUAUUCCUUUUGAAAUUAGUGUUUGUUGUCAUUGGUUAUUUAAUCAUGACCAUACCUUAUUCCACCAUUGGAAAAGCUAUUGCAUCGUCCUAA